AUGUUAUUCCCAUUUGGUGGUCCAGAUAUACUAAACACCAUAUCAUGUUACGGUUACAUAUUCUUCUUAUUUCUAAAUGCUGUUAAAAUGGACUUGACCUUAAUAACAAAAACAGGCAAAAAAGCUUGGGUAAUUGCACUUCUAUCAUUUAUCGGAACCUCCGUAAUUAGCAUUAUCUUCUUUGUUUUUACCCACAAUAUUUGGUUAAGUCUAAUUGGCGAGGAAGAAACAUUUGGUUUACCCCUUGUCUUUAUGGCUCAUAGCGGUUGUUCUUUCGCGGUCAUUGCUUCUUUCCUAAGUGACCUUGGAAUCCUCAACUCCGAACUUGGCCGCCUUGCAUUGUCAUCGGCUUUCCUGAUCGACAUCUCAAAAAAUGUCUUGGCAGGUAUAGGAACCGCCAUUGUGGGUGCCAUUGAGGGAGGAUUGUUAAUGGCUGUUAAAAACUUAUUUCAAUUCUUUUUUUUCCUCGUGGGGAUUCCGUUAAUCGGGCGACCAAUAAUGAUGUUGAUGGUGAAAAACACACCAGAAGGAAAACCAAUUAACAAGAUAUACAUACACUUCAUUGUGUUUGCAUUAUUCAUGUUAGGUAUAUUAGCUGGAAAAUUCAACCAACCUUUUUUUGCAGGUGCCAUUGUAUUAGGCCUUGCAGUUCCUGAAGGACCACCAUUAGGGUCAGAGUUGGUUAAUCAAUUUGACUUGUUCUCUACAUGGAUUCUCACACCCAUUUUUGUGACUUGUUGUGUGAUGAAAGUGAAUCUAACUAUGUGUGGACCUCCUAUCCUUAUUGUUGUUAUCUUUGGAUUCAUCAUUUUGGUGCAUACUAUUAAGCUAUUUCAGUGUUUCAUUGUUUGCAAAUAUUGCAAUAUGCCUUCAAGUGAUGGUCUUUGUCUUGCUCUCAUUUUGAGUUGCAAAGGUGUCAUUGAUACUUGCUCCUUCGUUCUUAUCUACGACGGAAUCAGACGAUCUCAAAAAGCAAUAGGUGCUAUGGUAAUAUCAACCUUAAUCUUGGCAACAAUCUCAAGAGUAGGAGUGAAAUUAUUAUACGACCCAUCGAGAAAAUAUGCAGGGUAUCAAAAGAGAAACAUAAUGAAUCUGAAACAAAACACCGAGCUUCGGUUAGUUGCAGUUGUACACAGAGCAAUUCACAUGGUUCACAUUAAGGAUUUCUUAAACCUUUGUUCUCCCGCGCCAGACAAUGCACUCGUUGCAGACGUGUUAUAUUUGAUGGAAUUAAUUGGAAGAACAACACCCAUUUUCAUAUCACAUCGUCUCCAGCAAAGAAAACGAUCCACACAAAACUACUCGAUAGAGUUAGUUGUUACAUUUGACCUUUUCGAGCGUGACCAUGCUGGUUCAGCAACAGCUAACACAUACACAUCAAUAUCACCGACAACAUCUAUGCCCGAAGAUGUUUGUUACCUUGCAUUAGAUAAAAAUGCAGCUAUUAUAAUUCUACCAUUCCACAUAAGAUGGUUAAAAAAUGGUUCAAUUGAAUCAGAAGACAACAGUGUAAGAUCAUUGAAUUUAAAGGUUUUGGAAAGAGCACCUUGUUCAGUUGGGAUUUUGGUUGACCGUGGUUCGACAACCAACAUUUCACAAGUUUAUAAAGUAGCUAUGAUUUUCCUCGGUGGGCCGGAUGAUAGAGAAGCUUUCUGUUUAGCUAAAAGGUUUUCUAAAAAUUUGGACAACACUUUGUUUGUUUAUAGAUUGCUUUCUUGUGAACACAAUUCAACGGGUUGGGAGGAAAUGAUCGAUGAUGAGGAGUUAAGGGAAGUGCGCGGAGCUUAUGUUAGACAUGAAAAUGUCAAGUAUGAACAAAAAACUAUAGAGGAUGCAUCUCAAACAACUAGUUUUAUAAAGGAAAUAGCCAAUAAAUUUGAUUUUAUUAUAGUUGGGAGACGUAAUGGACUUAAAUCUCCGCAAACUUUUGGUUUAGAAAAUUGGACUGAAUAUCCUGAAUUAGGCGUAAUUGGUGAUUUGCUAGCUUCGCGAGAUAUGGAAUGUAAAGCUUCAAUUUUAGUUGUGCAACAACAACAACAAGUAAACAAGUCCAUUACCUCUAAAUGA